CUCUCUCAGACGCUCCACGGCUUAUAUGAAGAUGGUCUUGUUGCUGUUCAGCAGUAUGUAAGGUCAAUGAAUUCCAUUAGAAGUGGUGGUCUGGCACGAUGACUGAAACUUUCCUAGAAGCGAAGGACGCCAAAUCCCUCCUCAAGCGUCUGCCGAGGGCUAAUAGUUUCCUGGAAGAGUUCCGUCAGGGCAACAUUGAGCGCGAGUGCAACGAAGAGAUCUGCAGCUAUGAAGAGGCCAGGGAGGUCUUUGAGAACCAGGAGAUGACGAUGGAAUUCUGGAAAACCUACUACACAGUGAGCACCAACUUUGACCCGCAGACUGAGCGCUCUGACACCAUGUACAUGGUGGUGCCCCUGUUGGGCGUGGCCUUGCUCAUCAUCAUCGCACUCUUCAUCAUCUGGAGGUGCCAGCUUCAGAAAACCACGCGCCGCCGUCCCGCUUACUCCCAGAACCGCUACCUCACCAACCGGACCUCCCGUAGCCUGCCCCGCAUCCUGGUGCACCGGGAGCCCUCGCAUACGACCACAGAACUGCCUCACCAUGAGCCCAGCGCCAGGGCAGGGGCAGCUAGCAGCGGGCACGCCAACCGGACACUGUAUGUUCAGGACACUUCUGUCUCUGUUGCCUCCCGGCUCUCCAGUGCCACACCACCCCCUUCUUAUGAGGAAGUCAUCGGACAUGUGGAGAGCAGCAGUGACGAAAACAGUGCCCCCUAUAGUGACCCUCCGCCUAAGUAUGAGGAGAUUGUAAGGCAGAAGUGACCAGAACCCCCAUCGCCCCCUUUACAGGAAAAUACGAAACAGGACACCUUCGCCUUAACUUGAAUUGUUUAAAAAGAAAAAGAAAAAGCACAACAACAUAAGCUUGCUAUAAAGAAAUAGAGAGAGAGAGAGAGAGAGGUAUAUGGAGAAUGUCCUCAUUUUAGAGAAAAGCAAUAGGAGUCUGGUUUCGGGAAAGUCCUUUUCUAAUGACUGUGACCCCUAGAAAUUUCUUGUGAUCUCUGACGUUUAGGGUUGUGGACCUCUGGAGUUGUGUUCUGAUUGGUUAUUGAGAGUGAAAUGUAUUCAAACAGCUUUCAUGAUUAGCUGAACAAAAGUGAUGCCACAGGAUUUCUGUGCUUACUCCCACAAUUGCUGGGUGUGUUAAGAAUGAAUGUUACAAGAAUCUAUUCAGGCAGAACAGAGCUUCUGUAAAACUUUGAGGGAUGGGAGAGUCAGGAAUGUGUGCCAAGAUUUAAAGCUGAGGGAGACCAGGUACUGUGAGCUGCUAAAUGAAGGUCUAUAUUCAGCCUUGCAGUCCAAAGGUCUCUGAACUCUCUCUGCAGAGGCCUCUCCACUCUGUAAAGAAUGUUAAAGGAGGAUUACUGAUGAAAGUCUCCAGUUGAAGAUUCUGUUAUGGAAUGGACCAAUGGAAAUUCUCAAACACCUGAUGCCUUUCAAUGACUCUGCAUUAUUGAGAAUUUGUCAAAUUUAAAAUAAGACACACAUAAAUACUUGUGAAUCAGCAAUCAUCUAGUUGACCUGCCACUGUAUCAGUGGUAGGUUUAGGGGUGGGUGGGUGAGUGGGUAAGGCUAUGUUUUUAAAAGUGUUCUAAUAUUGAAUGUUUUGGUGUUCUAAAGCACAGCUGCACUGCCAUUGAUCACUGUAUUCAAUCAGGGUUCGAACUGAACAGGUGCACCUUUAGAGUCUGGUUUAGUGGAAAGAUGUGAGUAAAUGUUUGACUGGGCAUAGUAGGAAGAACUGGAGUUUUUGUUAUAACCUGGACAUUUUUUUUUCUUCACUGCUUUCUCGUUAACAGAUCUACAGUAGCCAACUCCACUGAAUGUUUUGUGCAAUAUAUAUAUAUAUAUAUAUAUAUAUAUAUAUAUAUAUAUAUAUAUAUAUAUAUAUAUAUAUAUAUAUAUAUAUAUUUCCCAGUAAAUGAAACUACUGUUUUAAAUUAGAUCAAUUCUAAAUAUUUUAGGAAAAACAACCUAAAAUGUGGAUAAUUUCACAUCCAGUGUUGAACACAUAUUUAGUUUUUUAUUUCAUAAACACAUUGUAAGCACACAGUAGUAAUGAGUUUGUGGUUCCCCAGUUCUGUUCUAGUCCUGAUGGUGUUCUUGCAGAGACAUGCUAUUUUGAGUGCAGGUGGACAGGAUUGAAAGCCCUGAAGCCAGCAGGCUGUUUGCUUCCCUGCUGAAGUAGUAAUAGGUUACCAGCGCGUGAUCUGUCAGCCUCUGUGGACCUGCUCUCAAGUUCUGGUUAGUUUACCGCAAACGCGCAUGAAACAGAUCAGGAUAUCCUAGCUUUUUUUUUUUUUUUUUUUACUCUCUCUUUUCUGCAUAUGGUGAAUGGAAGGUUCUCAUAACUUUGUCAAUGUGUGAUUUCUGUUUUUCCUUUUUAGAUAAUAUAGAUGCAUUCCAAGAAAAUGUACAAGGGGCGGUGUGUGUGUGUGUGUGUGUGUGUGUGUGUGUGUGUGUGUGUAAAGUUUUAUCAUUGUUUUUUCCAGCCUACUUAACCACUUGAAUUUGAGUGUUAAAGCUGGGUCUGUACCUCCCUGCUGAAAUGUUAGCUAAAAAAUUCUCAUUUUUUUCUAUUUAUUUACUGUCCACCCACAGUAGCAAUGGGGAACUAAUAGUUUUCUCUGUAGCAAAAGCUAUAUCAAUGAAGUUAAGUUAAAACACAUACAUGUAUUAGAUGAGGGUCAAAACCCUCAACAGCCUUGUGUCAAAAAGUGUUUUAAAAAUUAAAAUAUUUGCAUUUGUUUUUUCACAACCAGUAAUAAACAAAUUUCAUUUUAGAAACUAAGUGAUGUAAGCAAGUCCAUUUUCAUUAUUGUUAUUUUAAACACAGUUUUCAAUAGGGUGUACUUCAAUAUAAUGUAACUUUUCUGGGGCUGUCCAGUCUCCUAAUGUACAGUGUGUAUAGUAGCUUUUGCUAUGCAUGUUGGUGUUUAGGUCAUUGAUGUCUGAUGUAGUGAAGCAAAUACAAUGUUUAACUCUUAACUUGCCACGUGGUUUGCCUUCCAACUCCAGUACUUUUCUAUGUCAGGGGCAUGAAAGAAUACUUUUUACUUCAGACAAUAAAAAAAAAAAAAACAGAUGGUUGCUUGCAAACCUAGAACAUAUUUAGUCGUUCCUGAACUCAAGCCUUGUUUGGUUUCCUUUCAGAGGUGGACAGUGGCACAAGAAGAGUUAAAUAUUGGUUACCUGCUUUUGGAUGCUUUGGAUCACUUUCUAUUUCAUGUUUAAUGCUUGGGAGUGUAUAAGUUACAAGUGGGCACUGUUUUGUAACUGGGCGGCCAGAACAAAAUAACUACUAAAACAGCAGGAUUAUUAUCGGCUAUCUCCUGCAUUAAAGGGACUAUAUCUU